AUGCCCAUAAAGUGUGAGUGUAUACCAACAAUCAGGACUCAUUCCAGCUCCGCCAUUCGCAACGCCUCUCUCUCACGCAAGACAGGAGCAGAGUUUUUGGGCACCUUCAUAUUGAUGUUUGCAGCAUCAGCAGGACCCAUAUUGAACCAGAAAUACAACGGCGUUGAGGGCCUCAUCGGAAACGCCGCCUGUUCCGGCUUAGCCGUCACAAUCGUGGUCUUGUCCAUUGGCCACAUCUCCGGCGCUCACCUCAACCCCUCCGUCACCAUCGCCUUCGCCGCCUUCCGCCACUUCCCUUGGGUCCACGUCCCCGCCUACAUCCUCGCUCAGGUCGUCGCCUCUAUCUGCGCCUCCUUCACCGUCAAGGGCAUCUUCCAUCCGCUGGUGAACGGAGAAGUCACCAUCCCUUCUGUGAGUACGAGUCUUGGACAGGCUUUUGUGCUGGAGUCCAUCAUCACUUUCAAUCUUAUGUUCGUUAUCACGGCCGUCGCCACUGAUACUCGCGCUGUUGGAGAAAUGGCUGGGAUUGCUAUUGGAACCACAGUUCUGCUCAACAUUCUCAUUUCUGGGCCGGCAAGUGGGGGAUCAAUGAACCCGGUGAGGACAUUGGGGGCGGCGGUGGCGGCGGGAAAUUACAAGGACUUAUGGCUAUACUUCAUUGCACCCACCGUCGGAGCUCUGGCCGGCGCCGGUGCUUAUACUAUGAUCAAGCUCCGGGACGAAGACCCCAACCCACAACAUCAGAUGGGGGCAGCGGAACAUGUUUUUGCUUCUACAAGUCCAAGUCUUCCCAAAAGGGCUUGUUUGGAUAAUGCGGUUGGACAAAAGGCCAUAUACAGGCUACAUUUUUUGCGUGACAUUAGGAGAGCCGACCGGGUUCCAUAUUUGGAGAGAAUCAUGAUUCAUUCUAGCGAUGGAUUGGAGGUGAAAGGUCUCAAAUGCCCUUAUCCAUCACCAUUAUUCCUUCCCAGUCUUCCACCACCCUCACAUCCGGUCACUAUCAUAGCCCAGGCAGCUGUGUCUAUCAGCUCUGUUGCUGUUUCUGCCUAUAAAUUUCAACAAGGAGCAGUUGAAGACAGCUUCUCAAACGCUAGAGGGAAAAGUAUGGAGAACAGCAUAGGAAGGUACUCUUCUCUGAAUUGGGACCUGAUAUGGGGAGUUGCCAUUUGGAAGUUGUGGACUUGGCGCAAUUAUUCCAUCUUCAAGACUGAUUUUGUGAAACCAACAAAUCCUGACUUGAUUAUCAAGCACUCUUGGAAACUGUAUGCACAAACUAAUGAAGAACCUUUUGCAAAGGGUAGACCACAGAGCACCAUUUUAGCUAGGUGGGCACCCCCUCCAUCAGGGUGGAUUAAAGUCAAUGUAGAUGGCGCUAUGGUAUCAACUUCGACUAGAGCAAGCUGCGGGGAGUCAUCAGAGACCAUAAUGGAUGUUGGAUAG